CCUAACUACCUUAACUAACUACCUUUCACAUACUUUGACCCCCUCACCUAAGCAGUAUAUUGCCUCGAAUCAGUUUUCACCUAGUUCCCUCCCUCAGCUACUAGGCAGGGUUGUGUUGCCUUGGAAUUGACAUGCAACGACGGUGAGAGCAUUGCACAAACUUUCCUGUUUGCGCGGUAGGGUUGGUUGCCUGUCAUUCAACCGAAUGCUUCAACGGCCCGGCGAGACUGGCGUUAACUCGGCGAUGUCCCACUCGAAAUAGAUAUUGGGAGAUCGUUCGAGUCAAGCGACAUAAAAACUUCACCACAGGGCUGGCCCAUGCAAUACCGGGCAAACCAAGAACCAACCCUGUUCGUUUAAUUGACCGGAACCAAGCAUUCCCACAAUCAGAGUCAAUCGUCCACUUGGACGCGUACAACCCUCGAUGGGCAGCGGAUAUGAAUACUCCGCCCUUCCCGGCAACACUGAAAAGACGGCAUCGCGAAGAAAAUCAUUCGCGACAUUGCGUAGGACGUGGUGCCUACAAUUUGUUGUCAUGAUGUUCUCGCUGGUGCUUCUUUGUCAGCUUUGGUCUGCGUUGAUCCGAGCAACUCAUGCUGUUGAGCCUGGCCCCAAAGGGAAGUGCGACACGCCAGACAGGGGAUUCCAAUGCAAUAGCUCAAUAUCUCACAACUGGGGCCAGUAUUCCCCAUUCUUCUCACUUCCAUCUGAGAUAAAUGCCUCUGUUCCGUCAGGAUGUGAGGUCACGUUUGCCCAAAUCCUUUCACGGCAUGGUGCCCGAGAUCCAACUGCCAGUGCAACGGCCAACUACGCGGAAACAAUCGACCAGAUCCAUUCGUCGGUAACCAACUACGGCGAGGGCUUCGAGUUCAUCAAGGAUUACGAAUACACCCUCGGCGCAGACCAGUUGUCCGACUUUGGCCGCCAACAAAUGGUCAAUUCCGGGCUGCAUUUUUACAGUCGGUAUCGGACCUUGGCACGGAACAACACACCAUUUUUCCGCUCCGAUGGACAACAGCGCGUGGUCGAGAGCGGCCAAAAGUGGGCAGAGGGAUUUCACCAAGCUCUUCUGGGCGACAGCGGUAGGGCUGAUGGCCCCAAAGACGAGUUUCCUUAUAAGAUGGUCAUCAUUCCCAACGAGGAUGGCACCAACAACACGCUGAACCAUAACCUAUGUACUGCGUUCGAGAAUUCCAAGAUGGGAAAGGAAGCCCAGAAUGAGUUUUUGGAGACUGCCAUCGACAGCAUAAGAGAGCGCUUGAACAACGGUCUUGAGGGUGCGAACCUCACAACCAAGCAAGCGGUGCAGAUCAUGGAGCUCUGCCCGUUUGAGACGGUGGCGAACCCCCAAGCCACCCUGUCGAAGUUCUGUACGCUGUUCACAGAACAAGAAUGGGAGGCAUACGACUACCUCCAGACGCUCGGAAAGUGGUACGGUUACGGCAAUGGCAACCCCCUGGGCCCUACGCAGGGGGUGGGCUUCGUCAACGAGCUCAUUGCGAGGCUGCUCAGAAAGCCCGUUGAAGACCACACCAAUACCAACUCGACACUUGACAAGGACCCAGCGACGUUUCCGCUGGACAAAAAGCUGUACGCCGACUUCAGCCACGACAACGACAUGAUGGGCAUCUACGCCGCGUUGGGAAUUUACAACGCCACGGCCCCCGAUUCGGUCCCUAAGAAUAAGAGAAAGAGCGCGCAGGAGCUCGGCGGAUUCUCGGCCAGCUGGGCAGUACCGUUCGCGGCGAGGAUGUUUGUCGAGAAAAUGACUUGCGCGGGGCAGAACGAGGAGCUAGUCAGAAUCCUGGUCAACGACAAGGUGAUGCGGCUGCAGAACUGCGGUGCCGACAAGAUGGGUCGCUGCACGCUGAGCAAGUUUGUUAAGAGCUUGAGCUUUGCGAGGAGUGGAGGGCGCUGGGAUCAAUGUUUUGUCUAAGACGCCCAAGGUAGAUAUCCAAUGCUACAGCUAGAGCUGAGAGCAAACUUUGGCCAUGGGGAAUAAUGGUGAGGGUACCUAAAUAAUCCAUCCUCCUUUGAAAAAGUAUGCCAAUUAAAUUGGUAAUUGUACUUGAAACUUUGAGUUGCCUUUGUAUUUUGAUAACCACCAAAAUAGCCAACAGGAGGAACACGAACACGAACAGAUAUUUUGGUUCACCAGUAAGAAUUAGAACUACCAUAGGUAGUUAGGUAGACCAGUAUAGUCUAGGUUUAGAAUAGAGUUAGUACCG